UUCAUCGUCAUUGAUCAUCACCUUCUUGUACCAAGAGGAUUUGACCAGGCACUGGAUCCCCCGCAUAGACGAUAUUCGGCGCCGCAGCCCCGCCUUUUCUCUCUCCUCCGCCCUCCGCGCUUCUCUCCCUUCGUUCAUCCAUCCGUCCCAACUAAUUCCACUCUCCACCCCCAUCACCAUCAGACUCUCCAUGUAGUCAUCCACGCCGCCGCAAAUCAACUCAGCACACAAUCAAUCCCAGACUCUAUCCAUCGACGCAUCACAUGCUGCCAUUACUCAUCCCCUCCCCUCCUCCACCUCAUCGGCCGCUCUGCUCGCCUCCGCCCUCUACUCAUCAUCCUUGUUCAUGAAUAACAACACCUCCGCCAAUCCCCCCAAUCCGAGGCCCAUCCGCUUCGUCACCAACCAUGACGGUCCUUACGCCAAGCGCCGCCGAAUCAACUCGGCUUGUCUGACAUGUCGCAAGAAGAAGACGCGCUGCUCCGGUGAACGUCCCGUAUGCGGAACAUGUACAGCCAACAAGCAUCAAUGCGCCGGCUAUGGAGGCCCCGACGAUCCACCUCCCUCCGAUGCCCCUAAAGACGCAAAAAAGCCAUCCCUCAACCCUCCCUCGUCUUCCUCUACUGCGCCCGCACCUGCCCCCAGGAUCAAACAUGAACAAUCCUCUCGCCUCUCUCAACCCCAUCCUCCCUCGCAAUCACCCCCAUCACCUCCUCCUCGUCCUCCUCCUCCUUCUUCCCGCCCGACUCAUCACCGAAACAAGUCGAGUUCCGCCGAAACUGUGUCGGCCCGACCUCAAGAGUAUCCCAAUGGCAAUGCACCCGGCCAGGGAAAACGGAAGGCACUUCAUGACGAUGAUACCGACGUAAGCUCCAAUGCAAUGUUGACGCUGAGCACUCGCAACCGCAUGCCCUAUUUCCGCUAUUUUGGUCCGACUGCCAUCAUGCCAGGCUUCAAACAGAUGGUUGUCAAGGUGCGCGGCAAGCAACAUGGCACCGGACACACAGCAUCAGAUCCUGUGGAUUCCUCGCCUACCCAGCCUCCGUCGAUAGGCUCACCGCCAGAAACCCAAACUCCCGCCGAGAUCCCCCUUUACGAUACCUCUGCCAUGGCCCCAAGUCCGCUCAUCACUCACCUCUGCAAAUUGUUCUUCAUCCACCUCGGAUGCAACUUCCCCUUUCUGCAACGCGAGCGCUUCUUGCGCGAUCUCGAGGAGAAGCAGGUCGACGCUAUCCUGGUCGAUGCUGUGUGCGCUCUGGCUGCCAGGUUCUCCACUCAUGCUGUCUUCACCGGUGAUGCCGAAAACCGAGAAAAGCCGCGCACCAAGUUGCAGCCCUCCGAGUAUGGCCAGGCUUUUGCGCAACGGGCAAAAUCCGCAAUCCCCGAUGCCUUUCCUUGUCCCAGCGUGGCUGUGGUCCAGGCCGCGAUAUUGUUAGCAUACGAUGAAUUUGGCGCAAACCGUGAUAGUGGUCUGUGGAUGUACCUGGGCAUUGCCAUUCGAAUGGCGCAAGAUUUGGGCAUGCAGACUCUCGAGGGCCUGAAGUACGAGGGUCGUGAUGGACUGGUGCCAAAGUCGGUCAAAACGGAGCCAGGAGUCAAGCACCAUCCCGUUCAACCCGUGCUUAAUGCUGUGCCUCUCCGACCAAGCGGAACUCCAGAUGAGUUGGAGCAGCGCGCCGUGGAGCGAGAACGCCUGGACACAUUUUGGGUCUUGUUUUUGCUGGAUCGCAUCAUCUCCUCUGGCACCGGUCGCCCCGUCACGCUACUAGACAGGGACAUUGAAAUAUCCUUCCCCUCUGUGGACGAGGUCGAUUCUACUUCGGGCCUGCCCUUGCCUUUCCCGGCUCUUAUUCGCAUAGUCCACUUGUACGGAAGGGUGACCGAUCUUCUCAACAGCAUCAAGUCAAGCUCCGACAUCACGGACGACCUGAGAAAGCAGCUAGCUUCACUCGAGUACUGCCUAACCGAAAUUUACCAAAACCUGUCGCCAAAGCUUCAUUUCAACGCCGUCAACUUCCAGCACUACGUCAAGCUGAACCAGGGCACAAACUUCCUUCUUCUACAUUGCUGGUUUCACACUUUGAUUGUUCUUCUCCAUCAGCCGACCUUGCUCAAGACGUAUGCCGGCAGCGCUCAGCCCCUAUCCAACAACAGCAGAGAGUUGUCCAUGUCUUCGGCGAAGACGGUGGCCGACAUUCUAGCCUUUGCCGAUUUGAUUGACGCAAAAACGGGGGUGGGAAAUCCUUUUACCAGCCAACCCAUCUACAUCGCUGCAUGUGCCUUCCUGCAGGAGACGGCUAUGCACUCAGCUUCAUCACAACCCCACACACGACCUCCGAGCCCGAGUGAAAAUGACAGCUCGGCCAGUGCCUUUUCCAUAGAUCAUAUGACAUUCCCCAAGUCCUCCAACAGCGAGCGCGUCAUCAGCGCAAGCGAGCGUGAGCAGAAGCAGGCGGCUAAGCACACUCUUCUGGCAACUGCAGCGAAUCAGAACUAUCAACGUUGUUACAGAGCUCUAAAAACUCUCGAGACGUACUGGGCUGGCGUCAAAUAUAUCCUGACCGUUUUGGAACAGAAGGCCAAGGGUGUCGGCGAUCCCUUGUUGUACACGAGAGAAGAGAUGGAGAGCGCAUUGGAAGCCCCUCGACCGGAGCCCGCGUUCACCAGCCCUGGAUGGCGGAGGAAGUUGAGUUGGGGAACAUACCUCACUGCCCAAGACUUGACUGAUGUCGAUACUGCAAAGCUGUCUGCCGCGAUUCGAAAAGGAGCAAAGACGCCCAUACCUGGGUCCCCCAUGAAUGCGAGUCAAGCCAUCGGUUGGUCGCUGACCGGCACAAUGAACUCCCCUUCCACCAAUGUCGCCGUCAUGUACAACAAUACCACGCGGGAGGCAAAAGCAGCAUUUUUGAAGCCUACUGCCACUGCUGGCCAAUCUCCAGCUACACCAGCUCCGAGCAUGCCUGCUCCCAAGUUCGAGCCGACCAUGUCCUCGCAUACUUCAUUCCUGGCCUUCGACCCUGUGCACAUGCCCCCACCGCUACACGCCCAGAGUCUUACAGCUCCGGAUCCCAUAAUGGUGUCACAAGCCGACCUUUUACUCAAUCUCCACUCCCCUUUCUCAAGCGCGUCGCCCAGCAAUGCCCGCCAGCCACUGCAGCCGACGUCCUAUAUGCGCGGCACUUCUGUUGCGACCCCAAAUAUGUCGCAGACCAACGAGUUCACUGCCGACAUGAGCGCUUACCCCUCGGCGGCUGCCGAUCAAUCUUUUGGGGAUAUGGUGAUUGACUCCCAAGAGGUGGACAUGUCGAUCCUAGGCGCCGAGAUGAUGCCGUGGGAUCUGGAGUACUUGCCUUCGGAUAUGUUUUACUUUGGUGGUGGGGCAGGUGGGGGUUUCGAUGAGGGGCAUGUCACGGAGGAUGCUGGAGUUGGGGCGGCUGAAGGGUGAUGUGUUUUGUUCGUUUCGUGGUCGCAGCGUUGUUUUGAUUAUUUUGGAGGUGUUGGGGGGAGUGAGAAAUGGGAAUUGGGAACAUCCUGGACGUUUUGCGCAAAUGGUGGGGUCUUUUUUUUUCCUUGGGCCAUGUUCCUUUCGUUGGUUGCUAGGUUUGGUCUUUAUUCUGUAUACCCCCUUUUUUGUUCUUAUCUAGUUUCCUUUCUUCUUCUUUUCUUUUCUAGUUGUUGUAUAUAUUACUUUGUCUUGUUUUUUAGCUUACGUUUCAAAGCUUGUGUUUCUGUUGCAAUUAUUAUCCUUUCUUCUUCUUUUUUCCCCUCCCUUUUUAAACUUCUUAUCUCUCUGCGUUGUCAACCUUGUUUAAAAUAAAACUCUAAAUCCUAACAAUUAAACCUCUUAUCCUCCAUCGUCCGCACCAUAUCCGCCGAAAGACUACUCGAACCUCACAAUUCAUACAACGCACCCCUUCUUUCUUUCGGCUAAACUAAUUAAGUUAUUAGACUCAAGGCCAAGCUGGCAAGGAAAAAUCCAGGUGUUCUGUGUGUUGUAGGUUUUGCAAAGGCGCGACCUUCUCUCCUUGUCCAACUGGUUGCCUUGAUUCUUCUUUUUUCUUCUUCUUGUUCGUCUCUCCUCUUUUUGUUUUUCUUCUACUUCGUUU